AUGAAAAAGUACAAAGAAGGUAAAGACUCGAAUAAUAAGCAAAAAACAAGAACAAAUACUGAAGAGACGACGAGUAAAAAGAAAAAUAAAGAAAAUGAAGAAGAGACGGAGGAAGUGGUUUGUUUAGGGCAAAGUUCGCCGAAAAAAUCUAAAGUUACUCCAGAAAGCAAUAACGAUCUAUCAGAAAAUAGUUACAAUGACUACAAUGAUGUAUUUACAUUGACCCAAGAUAAAAAUCAGGAUGUCUCGUGGGAUUGGAAUGGUACGCCAAAAUCGAAAAAAAACGAUCGCACGCCCAAACGAACAAAAUUGGUACACAAAAAACGCCUCUCAAACUCACCGCUGCUGUAUAAUUCUACAAAAAGAAAGAUAAUCAGAAAAGAUAAUACUAACAAUCUUGAUAAAUUGAAAGCUGAUAUGAUUGCGCUGCAAGCGACUAUUACGCAGGAGAAAAAUGCAUCUAAUUCUCGGGCUGAGCAGUCGAAUAACGGUAACCAUAUUGAUAAUGACAGUGAUAACGAUGAUAAUGAUAAUGAUGAUAACAUUACCGAGGAACUUGAAUUUGAUGAUGACUUUAACGAUGAAUCUGUUCUCGUUGUCUCGUUACCUGCGCCAGCAAACACCCAUGGUGCUGGUGAUAAUAAAAAUAAUGAGAAUAUUGAUGACAUGUUCGAUGACUCAAUGAAUGACAUAAUGAUAAGGUGUAGUCAAGAAAUAGAAAAAUCAUUAAAUAUAACUCCGCCUAUUAGUAAAGACUUUAAAAGUAAGUCUAAUAACACAAAUAAUCCUUUAAAUCCAGUGAAUAGCUCUAGCAGGUCAAAGUCAUUAAAUGAAUUUGUAAACUCAGCUGGUACUUCAAAAUGCCAGCUUCAAAGUAGUUACAAAAACAUACCUGCCUCUAAGCCUCAAAAUUAUUUGCACGCACAAACACUCGCAUCUAAAUUAGUGUCUGAGCAGAGUAAUGCUAAGUUAAUUAAACACAAGUCUGAGCCUAUCAACAAUUCUUCCAAUGUGGGUGUGAAUGCACAGAAAAAUACUUCAAAUGUACCUGUAAAAAAUAAUGAUAGUAAUGAAAAUACUGAGAGCACAGAUGAUGGUUUUAUGAAUGAUUCGUUCGACGAUUUUUUUGCCUCAUGUGAAAAUGACUUGACAAAAACAGAAUCCAUUUUUUUGACGGGCCAAUCAACGGACACUCACUUUGGUAAAGUUUACAGUCCGAAAGAAGAAUCCACGUCAAAAACAACAACUAAACCAAGUUCAUUUUUACCGAGGGUGCCUCAAAAAUCCUCAACUUCAUUUCCUUCGGUAAAACCUAGUUGUAAUGUUAAUAAUACUAAUCGUAAUUCUAGUGUUCCAGCAAUGAGACCAACUGGUGCCAUACCCAAAACUACAUCAAUGUAUAAUAAUUCUAAUAAUAACAAUAGUAAUAAUAGCAAUGGCCGUGCAUUUCAACGUUCGGGUAGUUCAGUAAAUUUAAGACCAAAUGCGCCGAUUGUCACUACACCAAAGAAAUCCCAGGAUUGGAAAUUUUUCAAAUCUAAAAGUGCUUCAGAUUCGAGCUUUGAACAACAAACUAAUAUCAAACCGGGGCUUCAAGAUACAAAAUCACAUUCAAAUUUACGUAGUAGUUUUAAAGUUAAUAAUGCAAACUUGAAUUCAAGGGGUGGUUGCAGAAUGUUUGCUGGUGGAUCUGUAAGUAAUGAACAUCUGGCUGUUCGUCGGGCUACAACUUGUUUGGAUCCGAAUUCUGGAAGGAAAAAUAUUGUUAAGGAUAAUACUCAGUUAUACAAUAAUGUUGACAGAUUUGGAGGAAGAAGAAACGAAGGUCUUAAUGUGUCUAGGAGUAAUGGCACGGCUAGACAGACAUCGACAUUAUCUGCGAGAGGAAUAUCAUCUUCAUCAUCAUCAUCAUCGUCUUCGUCAUCGUCAUCGAGAGACGUGUCUGCUGGCAUGCAAUCCUUGCAAUUAUGUUCAGACCAGGAGAUCGCGAGAAAAAGGGAGAAAGCUAGAAUGAAAUUGGAAGCGAGAAUAAAAAGGUUUCAGGCAAGUAACAGUGAUUCGUCUGGUAAUUCUCUUAGAUCCAACGAACGAUAG